AGCGGCAGCGGCGCGGCGGCGCCUGCGCAGUGAGGACGCGGAGAUCUCUCGCGAGGAAGGACGCCAUUAUCGCAGCCGCUCGACAAACACCACGAGAAUUCGCCACCACACACGGGUUGUACGAAGUGGCAGACCUCUUAGAGUGUGAGUUUGGGGCCUUCCGUGGUAUUUGAGCGAAUAUUGUUGCCUGAUUCUGAAUGAUGUCAGAACAGGAUUUGGCAGAUGUGGUUCAGAUUGCAGUGGAAGACUUGAACCCAGAUCAUCCAGUUGUAUUGGAGAAUCAUGAGGUGACAGAUGAAGAUGUAGAGCCUGCUCUGAAACGCCAACGGAUAGAAAUUAACUGCCAGGAUCCCUCUAUUAAGUCGUUCCUGUUUUCCAUUAAUCAGACAAUAUGCCUGCGACUGGAUAGUAUUGAGGCAAAGCUGCUGGCACUAGAGGCUACCUGCAAAUCAUUGGAAGAGAAAUUGGACCUCGUCAUGAACAAACAGCAUAGCCCUAUCCAAGUCCCCAUGGUGGCGGGUUCUCCCCUUGGUGCUACACAGACAUGCAAUAAAGUGCGAUGUGUUGUCCCACAGACUACAGUUAUACUGAACAAUGAUCGGCAGAAUUCAAUAGUAGCCAAGAUGGUUGGGCAGGAAGAGCCAUUGAGCAGAACAGCGGAUUCUCUGGAAAAUAUCCUUAGCAAUGCUGUUCCUGGUCGUAGACAGAACACCAUUGUGGUGAAGGUGCCAGGGCACGAUGACAGCCACAAUGAAGAUGGAGAGAGUGGGUCUGAGGCCAGUGACUCAGUUUCCAACAGUGGCCAGUUAGGAAGCCAAAGUAUUGGGAACAAUGUUACUCUUAUUACACUGAACUCUGAAGAGGAUUACCCCAAUGGGACAUGGCUUGGAGAUGAAAACAAUCCUGAGAUGCGAGUCCGUUGCCCCAUAACCCCAGCUGACAUGCUGCAUAUCAGCACCAACUGCCGCACAGCUGAGAAGAUGGCACUGACGUUGCUAGAUUACCUCUUCCACCGGGAAAUUCAGGCCAUCUCCAACCUUUCAGGGCAAGGGAAGCAUGGGAAGAAGCAGCUUGAUCCUCUCAUGAUUUAUGGUAUUCGCUGUCACCUUUUCUAUAAAUUUGGAAUUACAGAGUCCGACUGGUACCGGAUCAAGCAGAGCAUAGACUCCAAAUGCCGGACAGCUUGGCGGCGAAAACAGCGAGGCCAGAGUCUUGCAGUGAAAAGUUUUUCCAGGCGAACGCCUUCCUCUUCAUCUUAUAGUGGCUCAGAGGGUACUCAGAGCACAGUGUCAGCAUCUAAUGAAAUCCAGCCGAACCAGCCACAGGCCCUACACUAUGCACUGGCUAAUGCUCAGCAGGUUCAAAUCCACCAAAUAGGAGAAGAUGGCCAAGUCCAAGUAAUCCCACAGGGUCACCUCCACAUAGCCCAGGUGCCUCAAGGGGAGCAGGUCCAAAUCACACAGGACAGCGAGGGUAAUCUGCAGAUACAUCAGGUUCAUGUCGGUCAAGAUGGACAGGUGUUACAGGGUGCUCAGUUGAUAGCUGUUGCCUCUGCAGAUCCUGCAUCUGGGGGCGUAGAUGGAUCCCCACUCCAAGGGAGUGAUAUCCAGGUCCAAUAUGUCCAGCUGGCACCAGUGACAGACCACGCUGCUACUAAUCAAAGCACAGAUUCCCUUCAAUCAACUAUCCAGCCAGAAAUGCAGAUAGAACACGGAGCAAUCCAGAUCGAGUAAGGCAAGAAUUGUGGAAGCUUCAUAGAUCCAGAUGCCAGUGACCACAGUCAGAAGCUAAGGGUUGCUGCCCACGUACAACAACAGGAGAAAGGAUGUGACCAUCAGACUAACAGACAUUUUCAUUUACGUCUCCUGUAAAUAUCACUGUUCUGUUGGUCUGUUUGUUUUUACCCACAUGGCUAGAUCCUCACCUGGUGUAAAUCAGCGUAGCUCUGACUCAGUGGAACUACAUCCCUUUACACCAGCUGAGGAGUUGGCCCUCUAAAUAUACAGGUUCAUCCCUUAGGUAUUUAAGGAAAAAUAUUCCCUCCAUGAGAAAAAAAUAAAACACCUCAUCAGUCAAAACAUUAAAACCAAGUUAAUGUUUUAUCCCAUCAUUUCUUCUGUGACUCGUACCACUGAAUGUCCGUAGCUCUCUUAUCGAACACAUUGCUGCUUUGCAGUACAUGCUUUAUCACAUAUAGAAAUCAAGAGCUCAAAUAUUUUUCAUUGUUUAAACGGCUUUUUUAUUUGCUAAGGUGUUUAUAACAAAAAAAGAAAAUGUUUAAAAAAAGAAAAAAACCAUACUGCAAGUAUUACCCUUUGGCUGGUGAUUUCUGUUCAGUGUAAUGAAAAAUUGUAUUUGCAAAAGACUAACAAUUUUGUUUGUAUUGUUGCUUAACUACUUUUCUAAGGAAAAAAUGCUAUCAAAUGCUGUAAUUAUGCAUUUCUAAAGAAACAAAUAAAUGUGUAUUUAUGAACAGUGUAAUUUCCCUCUCCCCUCCACCACCCCAUUGUAUAUCCUUAGGUGAGAACACAUUUUACGCUGGUUAUUUUUAUAACACUAUAGCUAUGAAAUAUUUAUAGAUAUCUGCUGUCUGUAGAGGCAUAGGACCAAUUCAGAGGUGAGACUAAGUAAAGUCUACAGGGAAGACAAGGUCUAGUCUUACUUUGGUCCCACCAUAUAGGCAUGAUGCUGUUAUUAGCCAAACCUCGGUCUAUGGAUUUGCAGUGGCAUUCCAUCAUGGGAAACAUUUGGUUUGUUCCAAUGUGAACCUUUCUGAGCUUCAGAGUCUGCAAAUUGCAUCUUACACAGUAAAUUUAUAAAGCCAUUUCAAAACAAAUUGAUAAGGGCUCCUCAGAAUUCUUCUCCCUGGAGCCACUCCUGCCUCCAGCCCUGUGGGGAAUGUUGCACUUUGAGUGACAACAUUGCAUGUCAGCUGUACUUUCUGUAAGCAAUAAGUGGGUGUGGGUUAGACCUGGUUAGAUGAUUUGUUGUCAAUAACUUAGGCUGGGAUUAAGUAAAUUGGAGCUGGUCACCUGACUCCUUUAGCCAGUCCUCUUUGAAACCCCAGCCUUAUUCUGGUCAUUUUUGCUCUUUUGAUUGAUUACAUAGUUCCUGGAUACGGAUGGUUUCUACUUAGGAUACUGUUCUGCUGCUGCCACAUAUGGUAUAUGCGAUACGAGGGUUUCUUUCUCAGGAGGUGUUGAUCUAGUUAUUUAUUCCAGUUAUUUAUCUCUGUUGAGCCAGCUGAGUAGUGCCCUUUAGAUUAAAUCAUUUUGUAAGAUUUGUGAUUCAGUAGUUCAGUAAUGAUGUCUAAUUUAGUAGGAUUCAUGAUCUUGAAAUCACUGAUCUUUCUCUGCGAGACUUUCCUACAUCACCCUGGGUUCCUUUACAUUCACAUGGGACUCUGGACUUACUCUGCUAAAAGCUUUCAAAAAAUAGAGCAGGUCCAUAGUUACCUCAAAGGCCACUUCUCCGCCUGCCUCACCCCUCCAGGAGUGAAAUACUGGCCCCAUUGAAGUCAAUGGGAGUUUUGCCACUGAUUUCAACACAGCCAGGAUUUCACCCCAGAUGCGUUUAUUUAGUAAGCUAAUUUAAGGGGAAGAGAUAUUGUUUGCAGGAUAUUAUUGGCUUAGAGAACAGACCUGCUUGUGUGUUUCAGCCAAUGAGAAAAGUAUAGUUGUUUAUUUUUUUUAACUGAAUGAGCUAGGUUCUUAUUGACAGAUAAUAUAUUGUAUAUCUAUUCAAAUGUUAGUGAAUGAGAAAUAGCCACAAAUUCUAUUUGGCUUAAUUUAGGAAAACAUCCCUCCUGAGCUGUAGGCCUCAACACCCAAGAUUUCUUGCAAAUAUUAUAUUGUCCCUGGUAAGUAAUAAGUUUACUAUAAGUUCAGGCUUUUCAUUAGGAUAUUUGCUGAGGCACAAGUACAAUACAAAUUACCAGCCAGAGUCUGUCAAAACUACAGUUACAACAGGUUAAAGAAUAUGGCUACUUGCCAGUUUCAUUUUUUAAUAGUGCUUCCCAAACUGGAUGAUG